GAAACUCUUAAAUUUUCAAAACUUUGAAUCUCCCAAAACUUUCAAAAUUCCAAUACCCCAAAGUCCCAAAACUGCAAACCUUGUCACAAAAGUUCCCAUGCCUCAAUAUAUCAACCUUCCCCCCACCCCUCACGUUUUCAAAAAGAGUCCCAUGCAUUAACCUCGCAUAUAAAAGCGUGCAUUAACCAAGCCUAUACUACCCCAACCGUCCCUCUACCUAACCUAAUCUAACCUAACCUAACCGUUGAAUCAACCUACCCUUAAACCUUUCGCUUCGGCUGUCUAGUCCGAAGUACUGUAACUGAACAGAAGCGCGUACCCACAAGUGAUAUUAUGCACGCCGCUUAUAAGUGGCGCUCGUACCCACAGGUCAUAUUGUGCGCGCCGCUUGUAAGCGGCGCUCGAAGCGAAAGGGUUAAAUCUUCAUCUUCAAAUUCCACUCAUCUUUAUUUACCUCUCCAGAACGUGAUAACGAUCGACUCACCAUCGAAAUGCUGCACCCUGGAGAGUCCCUCUGGCUUGACCGGUGGCGGGAAGGUGUACCAGUUCGACGCAACGUUCGGUCCGGACGCAAGCACGGAAACAGUCUACGAGAACGUCGGUUCUGUGAUCGUGGAAGCAGUGCUGGACGGCUACAACGGGACAGUGUUCGCCUACGGGCAAACGGGCUGCGGGAAAUCGCAUACGAUGCGCGGGUUCAUCGAGCGAACCUUAGACCACAUCUUCGAGGCUACGUCGACAGCCAGCUCGGAGAUGAGGUACCUGGCGCUGCUGAGCUACCUGGAGAUCUACAACGAGCGUCUGAGAGACCUCCUUCAAGACGGCAUCAGCGACCUCCUGACGCUGAAGGAGGAUCCCAACCGGGGUACUUACGUGGCGGGCGGUUUGAAAGAGGUCACCGUUAAGGACGCCGCGGAGUGCGCACGUCUGGUGGAGCAGGGCGAUAAAAGGAGAGCCGCGGCGGCUACCAAGAUGAACGCUGCGAGCUCCAGGAGCCACGCGGUGCUGACACUGUCCCUGGAGACAUUGGCCAUCAACGAUGAUAGUAAAACGGAAAAUACUGUGAAGAGGGGAAGACUGCACCUGGUGGACCUGGCUGGGUCCGAGAGACAGGCGAGGACGGGGGCCACAGGUGACCGAUUGAAGGAGGCAGCUAGUAUUAAUUUGAGUCUAUCGGCUCUGGGGAAUGUCAUCAGCGCGCUGGCGGCAGGGCAGGGCAGACAUGUGCCGUACAGAGACAGCAAGCUGACAAGGCUCCUGCGAGACAGUUUGGGCGGCAACGCGAGAACGUUAAUGAUUGCUUGCGUGAGCCCCAGCGACAUCGACGCCGAAGAGACGCUAAGCACCCUGCGUUACGCUGCCAGAGCUCGCUGCAUCAAGAACAAACCUGUGAUCAAUGAGGACCCUAAGGACGCUCUCCUAAGACAAUACCAAUUAGAGUUACAACGUUUGAAGAAGCUACUGGAGUCCGGGGACCAAACGAUCCUGAAGGAGAUCACCGGCAAGGACGACAACGACGAGGAUGAAACAGCUAGACAAAAGCAAUACGCAGAAGAGGUCGAGAGAUUGAAGAAAGAGUGCGAACACUCGAAUUUAUCCGCUCAGAAGUUGCGAGAGGAGUUGGAGGCUCUGAAGAUUCACUAUGAAUCUGGAUUAAACAGGGUUGCGAGUCCCAAGCCCGUUGUUCAGCCCUUGAUGGACGAACAGGAUCGGGAGAGGGAGGAGAGACGCAGGAAGAAGAGGGAGGCGGCCAUGCAAGAGGUGCUCAAGAGGCUGGAGAAACUGACUAUUGGCGGAGAGGAACAAGGGAAUACGGAACUGAGAAGGAGAAGGGAGAAGAGGCGGAAGAAGCUGGAAGCUCUGGCUUCGGCUUUGGAGUCCAGCGCCCAGGAGGGCAACGGAAGCGUCUUCCAAGUGUACGGGCAACUCAGGUCAACGGAAGACGCGUUGAAGCGGAUGGCGAAGCGUGUCAAGCAACUAGAAGCGGAAGCUGCCGACCUCCAAGCUUCCUGGGACGCGGAACGACGGGACCUUCUGCGCAGGGAAUUGCUCACGACGCAAAUAUGCGACUCGAUGGUUCCACAUCUUCGCCCAGGAUGUCCACUGCGCGAUGUGGCCGCCGUUAGGGCAGCUGCCACAUGGUGCGACGAGUUGGGCCGUUGGAGGUUACCGGAUGUGUCGCCGCACAUACCGCUUCCGCCGCCAUCGCUGAUGCCCAAAGACAAUACACAGUACUCAAUAAUGCCUUCCAAACCUGAUCUCAACAACAAUAGCAAGGAUAACGAGGACGAGAUUGGAAACGAGGCUGAUAACGAGGAGAGCAGCGAACAGGAAGAUGCCAAAAAAGUGGACAUCGUUGAUACGUAUUUCAAGAGGAACAGAAUCGAUAAACUGCUUGCUCAUGUUAAGCUAGCGAAAAGUUUUGGACCAAGUAACCGCAUCAGCAAAUCGGGUGGUUCGGAAGAUUGUAUACCAAUGGGGGGCGGCCAUCUUCAAUUGAACGCUUUAAAUCUGCAAACUAGUGCACCGGUGAUCGGUGACAUAGACAGUUACAAACCCACCCAAAAUAUACCAACUGGUAGAAUUAGUCGUCCUGGUUGGAUGUCGGAUGACAACUCGCUGAACAAAGGUUCCUUCGUAAAGAAACAUCCUCCUCGUAUUUUGGAAGCGUUGCCUUCGUACCCGCAAAGUGCCUUCAAAUUUAAUAACAAAUCCAUCUCGGAUAAAAUGUCAUCAAGUUUUAUCCACAAUGGCGUGACGGAUAAUCCAAUGGUUGGACACACUGAUUCCACUAUGUAUUGAAAUUGACAUCAAGGAUGAUGAUGAUUGGGAACAGCGGAUUAGACGAAUUUUUGGAAGGUGUUUGUGAGGUGAUUUGAUUGAACAAAAUAAGUAAAAAAGUGCACGAAAAUGUUUGAACAUUUUCGUGAUAUGUCAUAUUUUUGUCAUGUGGUAAUGAAAUAUGUGAAUAAUUAGAAGCCAAUUUGUGUGUUUUGACUGUCCGGAGAGUCGGCGAUGCAAUGUAGACCGUAGAGUAUAGAACGUAGGUUAUUUUUAUGAAGAUUUUUAACUUUUGUAAAAUUGCAAUACAAUUGAGUGCAGAGAUAUAGUAUUACAAUGGAAGGUCAGGAAUUUUUAUACUUGGAAAUUUAUGAAUUUUAGCGUUUGAAAAUUUGAUUACUCGAAAAUUCAAAUACA